GAGAAAGGAGCGAUCUCUGACGGGCAGAUUAGUGCUUCGUCGCAGCUUGAUGCCAACCACGAAUCCAGUCAGGGUAGACUGAAUUUGAAAGGAUCGUGGUCAGCUUACGCUAAUGACGCUAAGCAAUGGCUACAGAUUGAUCUAGGUACCAAUCCUGUCACUGUCACAUGGGUGGCAACCCAAGGAAGUAAUUACCAGAGCCAGUGGGUAAUAAAUUUCACGCUGAAAUACAGCGACGACGGUCUGAAUUUCCAGUUGUACAAACAACAAGGACAAAGUGAGCACAAGGUUAGACACCUUUGCAGACAUUCAUUUUGUGUGCAGUUUGUUACUUUUUUAAAUGAAGUGAUAGUUGCUUGUUAAAAACAGUAGUACAUACANGAUCUAGGUACCAAUCCUGUCACUGUCACAUGGGUGGCAACCCAAGGAAGUAAUUACCAGAGCCAGUGGGUAAUAAAUUUCACGCUGAAAUACAGCGACGACGGUCUGAAUUUCCAGUUGUACAAACAACAAGGACAAAGUGAGCACAAGGUUAGACACCUUUGCAGACAUUCAUUUUGUGUGCAGUUUGUUACUUUUUUAAAUGAAGUGAUAGUUGCUUGUUAAAAACAGUAGUACAUACAUGUAAUAAUAAUAAUAACAAUAACAAUAAUAAUAAUAAUGAUAAUAAAUAAUUAAAUAGAUUACUUAUAUUGCGCCUUUUAACAAUACUAGGGAUUAAAAGCUAGUUUAAAAGGAUUUGUUUUCAGUAAAGAUUUAAACUGUUGAACUGUUUUUUAUUUCCUUAACGAGAUGGGUAAGGUAUUCCACAAUGUGGGAGCAGCAACAGAAAAAUAUCUGUCUCCGAAAGAUGUCAACAUCUUCCCACGGGGGAAAUCUAGUAGUAGUCUAUCAUUUUAUCGCAGCUGAUAGGCAGAUUGAUUCCUUACUGAAAUUAAAUUACUGAUACACUGGGGUGACUGACCAAGCAAAGAUUUAAAAAACGAUCAAAAGUAUCUUAAAUAAAUAUCUUAAAGAAAAAUGAAAUCUCACUGGCAGCCAGUGAAGUUCAUAGAGUACAGGGGUAACAAGGCUAAACUUAGAUGAAAGGUAACAAGUCUAGCUGGGGCGUUCUGCAGUCUUUGCAACUUGGAGAUCUCAGUGUUUGAAAAUAGAGCAAAUAGUUUACCAAGAAGCAAAAUAAAGUUCAGUAAUCUGUUUCCCUGCAUGUCACCCAUAAACCGAAAAAAGCUGUUUUCAAAGUAAAUCAUCUUAAUAUGUACGUUUUGAGAUCUUGUGCACCGUUACCCCUUCGUUAGUGAACUGUUCUUUUCCUUUUCGACAUUUCGUUCACCAUACUUAAUCUCCUCAUUCAACUCCCUCUGAGGAGUCAGUCGGGGUGAGUGAGAUUCAUAAAGUUUCACAAACAAGAAAGGGGAUCAUUGGGGUUGAGGAUAAUUUUUGGUCCAUUUUAGCCAUUUUUUCCCUUUUGUGGUGUUGUGGUCGGGGCUCAUUUGCUGUACUGUACAGUUCCCCUGUUCCUCAAAAUAAUGUGGAAUUUCACUCUGUUUUCUGAAAAUAGUUUUAAUUAACAUGUUCUCCAAAAUUCAAUGUUGUCAGCUUUCCGAGGUUUCCAAAACAUAAAAUUGUAACGGGGGUCAGACCUAACCUGUUGUGGAACCUGAAAAGGCAUCUGGGCAAAGCGUAAAGAAAAAAUAGUCAGUAUUUCUUAGGAAGGAAAAAAAACGACCUCAGGCCCCAGUCUACUCGCAACGAAGUCACAACCAAUUGCAAUAGACCAGAGAAGCAGCAAAAUUGACGAACAAUAGACGUCUGAAAGUAAAAGUUUAUUAAAAUGAUAUUAUUUUGAACUAGAAAAUCAAUGUCCCCCUGUUCCUGGAAAGACUUCAGUGUUUCUUGAAAGUAAAUAGUCAAGGUCUCUUGUUCCCCAAAACCUCUACCAGAUACUCAAAUUUCAUGCUCAUAGUGUGUUUCAAAAACAAUCCUAUUUGCAUCUCUACAUGCUAUUAUUAACAGCUUUUCAUUUGUAUUAGAGGUUACUUCUAGGUGUGCAGGGACCAGGGUGUUAUGAAAUUCAGUGCCUGGCGACACAAAAUGUCACCCUCGGAUUGUGAAAAGCAGGCAAAUGGCGCCAAAACCGCGACGAAUUGUCCGUCUAACUGCUGUUUUUUAUUUUCUUUUUUUGGCCUGCUUCAGGUGUUUGUUGGCAACACAGACGAGAAUACUAUCGUUUAUAAUGAACUCAUUGGGUCGAUUGUAGCACGUUACACACGUUUUCAACCAAAAGCUUGGCAUAACCAAAUAUCAAUGAGGGUGGAACUAUAUGGCUGCAAAGGUAAUCUUUUUUGGUAA